UUCAGACCGGCUCUGAGAAGUGGUUUUCGUUUCCUCUGGGCUGUGCUCUGUGAAAGUGUUUGGAAGCAGAGCUCUGCUGCUGGGUACUGAUCUCAGAGGGCUUUAGCAUCAGACACAAAGUCUUUCAACUUAACGGUCCACCAUGUCGUCCAGACCUUUUGAAAGCCCGCCACCUUAUCGACCUGACGAAUUCAAACCUUCACAUUAUGCACCGAGUAAUAACACAUACGGUGGUGAAUUCCAUUCUCAGCCCAUGUUCUCCCAGCCAGCAUAUUCCUACUACCCAGAAGAAGAAGUGCAUCAUUUCUACAAAUGGACCUCUCCCCCAGGAAUAAUCAAGAUCAUGUCCAUUCUUAUAAUCGUAAUGUGUGUUGGUGUCUUUGCUUGUGUUGCCUCCACACUACCUUGGGACCUAGACAUGUACGGAAGUACUCUGGGGACUGGUAUGGGAUACCCUAGCUACGGUGGAUCUGGUUUCGGAGGCGGCUAUGGUUACGGCUAUGGCUAUGGCUAUGGCAGUGGUUACGGCAGCGCUUACGGCCUUGGAGGGAAUUAUAUCGAACCACGUGCUGCAAAAGGUUUUAUACUUGCAAUGGCAGCUUUCUGCUUUAUUGCUGGACUGGUGGUUUUCGUAAUAAGUGUUACCAAGAAUAGCAUGGCCAGGACAACGAAGUAUUAUCUCAUAAUCAUCAUAGGAAGCGUUCUCUUGAUGUUCUUGAUGUUCAUUGCUACCAUAGUAUAUGUGUUGGCCGUCAACCCAACGGCACAGGCUUCAGGAUCGGUGUUCUACAAUCAAAUUUAUACUCUCUGCAGCCAAUACUAUGCUCCUACAAAUGCUGCCAUCUUUGUGAAUCAAUAUUUAUAUCACUAUUGUGUAGUGGAGCCUCAGGAGGCUAUCGCUAUUGUCCUAGGGUUCCUGAUUGUCAUAGCUUUUAUCAUAAUAAUAUUCUUUGCGGUAAAGACACGGAAUAAGAUGAAUCGCUAUGGUAAAAUAAAUAUCCUGUGGGAUAACACAAAAGAUUAUGAAGAAGCUCCCAAUGUGGAAGAAUGGGUGAAAAAUAUAAAUGCAGAGCCUUCAUCACCCAUGCCAGUAAAUGACUAUCCUGACAGAGUUGCUAGUUCUGCGGCUUACUCAACUUCUGAUGUUCCUGCGCAACGUGGCUAUCCUGACAAUAACUACAGAUCUACUCCGAUGCCCGAUCCCUUAACCAAACAGUCUCAGUAUGCUAAUACCAGCAGUUACAAUGGGUCAGCUAAGGAUCCAGCACAAAAAAGACAAGCAGGAAGACAAAAAAGAAUCAACACGGACAGCUAUGAUGCCGAUUAUACCACUGGAGGGGAAUCCUGUGAUGAACUGGAAGAAGACUGGGACAGGGAAUAUCCAGCUGUAUCAUCAGACCAUCAAAGACAAACAUACAAACGAGACUUUGACGCAGGGCUGCAAGAAUACAAACGCUUGCAAGCAGAGCUUGACGAGAUCAGUAAAGAACUCUCUCGCCUUGAUAGAGCAUUGGAUGACUACCGUGAGGACAGUGAGGAAUAUAAGGCUGCUGCUGAAGAAUACAACAGAUUGAAGGACAUAAAAGCAUCAGCAGACUAUAAGAACCGAAAGGAGCGCUGCAAGAUGCUGAAGAGCAAGCUGUCACACAUCAAAAGAAUGGUCACCGACUAUGAUAGUCGAAAGUCAUAACGAGAGGAGGGAAAAGAAAGUUUUAGUAUGUACGUUUUCUUAAAGGUGGGAUACAGUUGCUUUGGAUCACCAUUAAUGGAAGAGAGAGCCUUUGUUUCUUCUUUUUUUAAAACUUUUCAACUGCACACAUUUGUGCCAUGUUAAUACGAAGCCUGAAUGUUGGCAUUGCAUAUGUGGGGCCUUUUAUACUUUUCACUGAGUCCAGGAAUUUUGUUCCGAACAUCUUUACUUCAUGUUGGCCUGCAAUAUAACGGACAACUUUUUGAAUUGCUUACCUUCCUUUUCUGUCACGACUUGUUCUCCGUAUCCCUUGACAUGUUGCAAUGUGCCUUUGAAAAGCAGUGGAGAGAGACUGUACAUUGUCUCCCAGUUCCUUUUUUACUAUGUGUGUGUGUGUGAUGUUGUUGCAUUGUAUCUUUCCAAAUGCCAUUUACCCUGAGGGUUUGGUGCUUUUUCUGACAUUCUGAUUUUACAGCUUGCCCAAGUUUUGAAAACAUAACCCUUUUUUUGUAACCAGGACAUCUGUGAAUGUCAAAGUAAUAGAAAAUAUAUUUUUGAAUGGCAAAAAGGUGAUGUAAAUUCUGCCAAUGUUGCUCAUCGAGUAUAUUACAAUCAUUGCAAUGUGAAACUACAUGUAAAUAUAUUUACUCUUUUUAAAGAAUAUCUCAAUUUGUAUUUUUAGAUUACAUUUUUGUUGUACAGAUGCCAUUCUGAUUAAUCAUAUUUUAUGACCUGAGCGUCUCUUAAUGUGGGUUGAUCUUCUUAUGAGUUGUUGUAUUUGAAGUAUGCAAAUGAUCAAAUACUAUUUGCUUCUUUUAAACUGCCAAAGUCCAGAACAGUCUGUAGUGAAACAGAUUAGUCAUGGCCCAAGAAGAAUGGAAAACAAAGUAGAUAUGAGUGUUCUUUAGAAUAACGUUUAUGUUCCCUAUAAAUGUAAUAGUAGUUAUUGAAAGCACAAACUGUCAAGAAAAAGAAAAUGAUUAGUAAAAUUGGUGCUCAGAUCAGUAAAAUUGGUGCCUUUAGAGUUGCUAGGGUUAACCUAACCAGUUCAUCACUGUUGUGGUAGCCACCAGUGCUGGUAGUCUGGGACUUGCUUCCUUACACGGAUGUGAUACAAUAAUGCUAUCUUAUACAUCAUGUUGCUAGAGUGAGAGCAACUCUUACCUGUAUAUGAACUUUUCUGACAGGGAGCUAAAAUGAUCAGUUCUGUGUACCUGGCAGCAGAGAAUAGAAUGCUUUGGCGUCUUCUUGAGCUGUUGGGGAUACAUGGAAUUCAGCUGUGUUACCAUUAGUAUAUUAAACCUAAACUUUAAAAUCCUGAAUUAAGUAUCGUAUGCCAUUUAACAUAGUUGGACUGCAUUCCAGUGAUACAGCCUUACAGAAUGCAAGAGAUUCCCCCCUCUGCUUCUUAGCUAUGCCAGGUGGGAACAUAUAUGGCAGUAGCUGUCCCAUGGAGAUGCAGGGCUCUGGAUUCCAGGCAGUUUGCAAGCUUUUCAGGAAACUACUUAAAAAGAAUAAAUCCGGCAAUAGUGAAAUAAUGUUGUUCAUAUGAGUAGAACUUGAACUUUUAACAUGUGUAACUUACAACUGUGUACAUCAAGGUUGAUUUUCUUUCUUGACCCUUGUGAUAUGGUGUCAAUAAAACUGGUUCCAGUUUUUACAAAAAA